AUGACCUUUCAACAAGUCCCUUCCAACUACAACUCGAAUCAACCACCACCACUCAACUAUUCAAUGUAUCCCCAACCUAACAAUCUAAUGUAUCCACCACCGCAAAUUCCGUAUGAUCAAUACGUUCAAAUGCAACAACAACAACAACAAACAUCUCAACAACAACAGCAACUUCCACAACAACAUCAUCCCUAUCAUUCUAGUAGCUAUUCCUAUCCUCAUCAGCAACAACCACUCCAACCCUAUUCUGUUCCAUCGAAUUACGGAAAUCCUCAUGGGUUCAUUCCGCAACCCUCUCAACCACCUGUGGUUCCAAUUCAUUCUCCUCAACAACAAUUACAACCAUUUCAAUCAUAUUCACCUCCUCCUCCGCAUCUAAUGAAUCAUCAAUCAUAUAAUCCAUCUCAACCACUUUCUCCGUAUCCUCAAAAAGGGAAUGAGGUCGUCAGUAUGAAUCAUCCAAAUUCAUCACCCAUCGUUCAACCUCCUCAACCUUAUCAGUAUUCUCCUCCUCAACAACCAGUAUGUACAACCACUACCACAACGACAACUUCCUUCAUUCCAGUUCAAGGCGAUCUUCAACAUUUACAACGAUUGGCCACAGGAUGGUUUGAGCAAAGACAGGCCAUUCUCCGCAUGCUUUCUGAGAUGACUGAAAAGUUGAACAAACAUGCCAAAUCGACCACUAAAGCAAAGAUGGGCGGAACAGUGACCAAUAUUGUAGGAGCUACCUUAAUUGUUGGUGGAUUAAUCACAGCUCCAUUGACUUUGGGUGGAAGUUUGGUGGCCACAGGAGCUGGAGCUGCUUUGGUCGGAGGAGGAACAGCUGCCACAGUUGGAGCUGCUGUAUCGGAAUGGAAACAUGCCAAGAAAUCAGCUCAGGAAAUUCAAGCAGCUCUGGAGCGAGAUGCCAAAACUGUCAAUGAAAUUAUUGCACUUGUUUUUGAUUAUCGUAUUUCCGAUCCAUUGAUUGAACAACGAUUGUUGACAUUUAACAUUCCUCACAGCACCGCUACCACAAGUAUUCCAGUAUUGCAAUUUAUGAAUGCAUUGGUCAACAUCAAAUACGGAAAUAUUAAUCAGAAUGGUCAAUUAACUCACGGCAAUGCAGGAGCCACAAGUUUGGCAAGUUUGGUGGUGAAAGGUGUCGUUCCAAUUGUGAGUGUUCCCAUUGAUUUGUGUUUGUUAGUUUCAGAAUCGAAAAAGUUGCAUGGCAAAGAACCAUCCAAACUUGCCUCUCAAGUUGCACCUAUUAUUGACAGCAUGAAAUAUCAGACCAAGAUGGCCACUGGAAUUACCUCUCUUUAA